UAUUGAGCUUUGCCUUCUUUUCUUCCACAAACACAUUUAGGUGUGCUGAUAAACUACUAAAAGAACAAGGGCAACCCCGAUAUUACAUGAACGGCGUACGAGGUUCUAGCUAGGCAAAAUGCUGGAGUACAAAUAAUCUCUUGUUUGGCCUCUGUUAGGGCUUCUUUUUGUCUAACCAGUCAUUGAGGAAAGGAGCAUCACUCUUCUUUACCAAAGUAACCAGGAAACUGAAAGCAUAGACAGUCACUAAUCAGCUUUCAAGUUUUCAAGCAUACAAGUUAUUUCACCUCUCAUAUUCUGCAGCUGAAGAACCCAGCAAUGUCUUCAACACAAAUUGCAGACAAGAAAGCGAAGAUAUUAGAGCUCUUGCGUGAUAAGAGUGUAGCAAAAGUGAUUAUUCAAGGGGAAGCUGGUAUCGGAAAGACUUGGAUGGCAAAGGAGAUAAGUGAUAGUGCGAUAGAGGAGGGUCUAUCCUGCGGCUGUAUCUGGGUGUGUUGCACAAAGAAACAGCAUAUCAGAUGUAUAAUUGAAGAUAUCGUGCAUGAGUUUUCUCCAACUCACCCUAGUGAAGAGCUGGAUAAAGUCAAUGAGGGCAACGACAAGACCACAGGGAACUCCGAUGUCUUGAAAGAUAAGUUUCUCGAAAUUAUCAGGGAAAAAACAUCAUCAAAGGAUCGUGGGGAGAAGUUUCUUUUGAUCGUCUUGGAUGAUGUUCCCAUUGAAAUGAAAGAGGCUGAGAUAACCACAGAACUGCUUGCCUCUCAUGGACAGAAAGUGAAGCUUUUAAUCACAAGGAACUGUGAACAUAGACAAAUUGUGAUCUUGGAACCAGCAAUGUCUUCAACAAAAGCUGAAGAAACAAAAGCGAAGAUAUUACAGCUAUUAGAUGAUGAAAGUGUGGCAAUAGUUGUCAUUCAAGGGGAAGCUGGUGUUGGAAAGACUAGGAUGGCAAGAGAGAUGAGUGAGUGUGUGAUGGAAAAGAGUCUAUCCUGCUGCAAUAUCUGGGUGUCUUGCACGAACAAACGGGACAUCACAUGCAUGUAUGCAGAUAUUGUGCAUCAACUUUCGCCAAUACCCCCCAGUGAAGAAGGGGAUGAUAGUAAUGAGGGCACCGAUAAGAUCACAAAGAGCUCAGUUGUCCUGAAAGAUAAGGUUCUUGAACUUAUCGCUAAAAGGACGUCAGAGGAUCAGGGAGAGAAGUUUGUUUUAAUCAUCUUGGAUGAUGUUCCAACUGAAAUGAAAGAGCCCGAUAUAACCACAGAAUUGCUUGUGCCUCAUGGACAGAAAGUAAAGAUUCUAAUCACAAGAAGAGACUAUUCUGGAAAUGAUAUUGAGGAAGCAGCAAGAAUAGUGGAGAUUGAGCCAUUUCCUUCAAAAGAAUUAUCAACUUUGUUGCAAAAUCUAGUUGAUAAAGAGAUCCGUGAGGUCCCAAAUUUUGAGACGCUAUCAAUAGCAAUUGCUGAAAAGAGCAGGGGUCUGCCUGCUGCAAUUGUCAUGAUUGCCGCAGCUUUAAAUUCCAUUGCCCGAAACAAAUCCAGCUGUUGGAGCCUAGAGAGUGCACUGCGAGAAAUUGCCAGUGGUGAAGGCCUUCCUGAGGACUUACCCAAGAUGUUGCAUUGUUGUCAUGACAUGUUGCCUAGCAUGGAAAAUUGCUUUUGGCACAUCAGGCAAUUCUUUCUCAGGCAUGGUGGGAUCCAUUACAACGAGCUGAUUGCCAACUGGAUACUGGAGGGAUACUUCAGUGAUAACGACCAUGUUGAGAAUGCUUAUGCAAAGGGUCAUCGUGUAUUGAUGGAGCUUCUGGAUCGGUGCCUUCUGAAAAAGCUGCAUAGUAAUAUUGUCUCCAUAGAAGGAUUAGCUCUGAAGAUACCUGAUUACAGGUAUAUCAGAACAAGCAAUCUAGGACUGACUUGCGCAUUUGAUGAUGGUAAAUGGGAAGGCUUUGGGAGAAUUGCAUGGACAGAUGGUAUGAUACAAACACUCUGUAGGCCAAAGGACCAAACAAUCACCACUUUACUAAUUGACGGAAGCUGUCUCAGCAGGGAAGUUCCUCAAACCUUCUUUGAGCCCAUGAAGGACCUUAAAAUUCUUGCCCUCUUCAAGCCCAGAUUUAAGUCUCUGCCCUUGCCCCUGCACAAAAUGGAGAAGCUUCUGGUGCUGGCACUCAGAGGCUCUGAUCUGCUUGAAAGCAUAGACGAGAUUGACAAGCUCAAAGAAUUGCUCAUUCUCGAAAUAUCUGGUGCUAGCUCCCUGAAAAGGAUUCCUGAUGAUAUUUUUGAGCAUGUUGUCCAUAUUAGAACUCUAAACCUGUCAUCUGUCCCAAUAAACAAUCUGCCUUCUUCUUUUUCCCAACUGAGUGAAUUGCGAUGGCUCAUCCUCAGAAACUGUCCUUGCUUAAAAACACUCCCAUGCCUUACAACUUUGGAGAACCUUGAGAUGCUUGACGCCUCCGGCACAAAUUUGAAGGGAUUCCCUGACAAAUGCUUCGCACCACUCCGGAAACUUCAGUAUCUGAAUCUCUCACAAACUAAGAUUGUGCGCUUGCCCUUUAUCUGUGAUGCUGCAAGGCUCACAUGGUUAUUACUGCAAGGCUGUUCAUGCUUAUUCAGGCUGCCCAGUCUGCCAAGAAGCCUUCAGAUUCUUGAUCUUUCAGAUUCUGCCUCAACUGAAAUCGAGCCAGGCCUCAGAGCCACACAAAAAGUAUCAAAUGCAGAUGUUACCAGCCUUCGACAUCUUAACUUGACAGGUUGUAGUGCACUUGAGAAACUUCCACCUACUAAAGCAUUUGAGAAGCUUGAGUUACUUGAUGUUUCAAAUGCUGUUAAUCUGAAAAAAAUCGAAGAUGAAUCCUUCAGUCAUCUGAAACACCUUAACGUACUCAAUCUCUCUAACACCAAAGUUGAGACCUUACCGUCCCUUCACAGACUUGGCAAUCUUCGUCAGCUCUUGCUCAAGGACUGUAAAUUAUUGAGAAGACUGCCCGUCAUGGAAGGUCUUCUGAGACUCAAGGAACUUGAUCUUUCAGGUGCCUCUUCUUUGGAGGAAAUGGGUCCUGAGUCUCCGGACUGUGAGAAGUUCGACCUCCCAAACCUACAAAAGCUUUCACUGGCUCGUUGUGAUCACCUGAAAAAGUUGCCUCCAUUGAAUUCCUUAGAGAAACUGGACAUUCUCAAUAUUUCAGGUUGUACUCUUCUCAACAAAAUACCAGAUGAAUCCUUCGAACACGUGCCUCGUCUUCAUCUGCUAGAUGUCUCUGAAACAAAGAUUGAAAUCCUUCCAUCUGUUGCUAAACUUGGCAAUUUGCACCGCCUCAUCCUAAGGGGCUGUCAUCUCCUUACAACUCUAACUGGAUUGGAAUAUCUAACAAAGCUUCAGGAGCUUGAUCUUUGUGGCACGAGCUCCUUGGGGGAAGUCAAAGCUAAGUGCUUGGAGUGCAUGCCUCAGCUUCAGAUUCUCAAGUUAUCUGGACUUAAGGUUGAUGAAUUACCAUCCAUAUCAAAUCUCCCCAAUUUGACUCAGCUUUCACUGAGCGGCUGCUCAGGGUUUGCAGAAUUGCCACAUUUGGAUGCACUGACCAAACUCAGGUACCUGGAUCUUGUGGGAACAGAGAUCAAAUCUCUAGCCUCCAUUAAAACUCUGGGUAAUCUCCAACAACUGUCCCUGAGAAAUUGUACGAGUUUAGAAUCGGAAGAGUUGCCACCUCUUGAACCAGAUAGUCGUUUGGAGGUGCUUGAUCUGGUGGGAAUCAGGAUGAAUGAGUUUCCCUAUUGGAUUUUCGAGAUGACAAAUUUAAAGUGCCUCCAUUUGCCAGACCUCAACGUUAUUCGACAGGUUGAUUGGAGUAAAAUAAAGUGCUUACCUGAACAAGUUAACUGGGAUCAAUGUGGGAUCUUUAAGCUUGAGGGGAUUGUUACUGACAGUAACAGGACUUUCCUAUCUGUUCGUGGUACUGACUUUUUUCAGUUCCUGGAGCAAAAUUCCGCACUGAGAAAUACAUGCUUCAAACGAUUUCAUUUCAGUGUGUACCCUCCUAGAGAACAAGGUAAAGGUGGUGACAUCUAUCGCUAUCAGAAUGACCUGGAUUUUAGGAACAUCUACAAUGAGAUCAGGCAUCUCCCUGAUCCUGGACAGCCUGACCGGGUUCUUGCUCCUGCACAGCCCGACUGGUUUCCUGAUCCUAAACAACCUGACCAGCUUCCUGAUCUUGGACAGCCUGACUGGUCACUAGAGUUCUACGGGUUUGAAAGUUUGCAUAAAUAUCCCAGAGAAGUGAUCAAGCACGGUAACUGUAUUUCUUUUAUUGAUGAUUUGUGCAUGAGUUGUUUGUCUGAUUUGGGGGAUGACAACUUGGAAGCACUCAAGGGUUGCUGGCUAGAGAGGUGCAAUCGCAUCGAAUCCAUUUUUGCUGGAUCAGAUGUAACUACUCUGUGGGUUGCCAACCUUCCACAUCUAAGAAGCAUAUAUAGUGAGACAGUGCAAUCUAAGAGCCCUAAGAAUCUGAAGAAUCUGUACAUAGAUUGUUGCCCCAUGCUCAUGUGGGCUUUCUCUUCCUGCCAGCUUCCGGAAAACCUUGAAGUCAUUCAGAUAAAGUUUUGCGACAAAUUGGAGACACUAGUUGAGCAUGAAACAUCCACAGAGUGCAAGUUGCCAAAUUUAAAGACGUUGCUUCUGUUGGGACUGCCCGUAUUGAAGAGAAUAGGGCUCCAGCUCCUGGGAAACCUUGAAAUUGUCCAGAUACAAAAUUGCGACAAAGUGGAGACACUGUGCGACCACGAAGCAUCAAGGCUGUGCACAUUGCCAAAGCUACACACCUUGCAUCUAUCGGAACUGCCCUUCUUGAAGAGCAUUGGGAUCAGUAGUGCAUCUCCCGGAACAUGUGGAGUUCUUGAAUGCCCAAAUCUGAAGAAUCUGCUCAUAGAUUUCUGCCCCAGGAUUGUGAAUGUUUCCUCCUCAUCCCGACCUCCAAAUGACCUUGAGGUCAUCAAGAUACAACAUUGUGACAAAUUGGAGAGUCUGUUUGAGGACAUAACAUCUGCAGAGUUUGCAUUGCCAAAGUUACACACCUUUCAUCUAUUGGAACUGCCCAGGUUGAAGAGAUUAGGGGUCAGCAGAGCCGGAUCAUCUCUGGAACCAUAUAUUCGCGGAUGCCCAAAUCUGCCAAAGGAUCUUUGGAAUCGCCAGUACUAAAGAGCUUUGAAAUAAAUUCUAUCUGCUUCUUAAUCCUAGAACAGCCUAUUUCUUGAUGUGUACGGACAAUAACAUAUGCAUGUUCCCAAAGCAUAUUUUACGGU